CUUGUUGCCGAAACCUCCUCGGUCCAACACCCGCUCUGGGUUCUGGUGAGAUGAUUGGACUGCUCUCGCCGCUGCGGUUAGCCGCGAGUCCCCUCUCAGCACUGGCAUGGACUAAUCAUGCUCUGGCAGUUGUUGAACAUUGCUGUUUGCGGCAUCAAUCUGAGAAUGAUCCGGCUUGGACUGGGGAGACAGGUUGAAACAGUGUCUCCAGCAGACCUGGUCUCUUUACUGAAGCUGUUAUGGGUGGUAUACUUCUUAGUACUUGGGGGGACCUCAAUAGCACGAGCGUCCGCUCUGUUUUUCUACGGAAGGGUUCUCAGCCAAGGUCCCUCUCGCUUCCGAUAUGCGCUCUGGAUAGUGCAUGGAUUGAAUAUCGCAUGGUCGAUCAGUACUAUCCUCGUCAUCUUUCUCACAUGUUCUCCGAUCGAAAGAAAACUGGAUGCCAGAUCUGCCGGGCACCUGCAUAGAUACAAGGAGCUUGUGGCUAGGCUUUGGAACGCCGGAUCUCAUUAUCGAUAUCCUCGUCCUACUCUUGCCCUUGCCCAUGCUCUGGAAGCUGCACUUGAGGCUCAUGCGGAGGCUUCUUCUAGCUGGAGUAUUCACUAGCGGAUACCUGUAAGUAGAGC